AUGGCGCAGCGAUGGCUUCCAAAUUUUGAAGAAUUUUUUUACUCUUUGGGACGACUUAUUGAAAAUGCAGAGAGGCAGUUGCACUCUCAAACUUGCUCGGAAUAUCUUAUACGCCGUCUGGACGAGUAUGAACGAACUGUAUCGACUUUGCUAUCAAGGCUAAACGAAACUUAUCAAAAUAUGCCUGAUGUACUUCGUUCUUUUCAAGACAUAGAGUUUCUUCGAAAUCGCUUGGGGGCACUGCGUCAAGAAUUUGAAGGUCGAUCCAACAAUAUGCAAGAUAACAACUGUGAAGAGGAAUACAACUUGCGCAGUCGCCUAGAAAAUACAAAUGAAGGACGAGGACGGCCAAGGGUUGAGAUUGCACAAUCCCAGCUUGAAGCAUUACACAAUGCAGGAGGCUUUCGUUGGAAUGAUGUUUCGCGUAUGUUACAAGUUUCAAGCAGAACAUUGCGCCGACGAAGACACGAAUUGGGCAUGAGGGUUGAAGGAAGAGAGUUCUCUGAUAUAAGUGAUAUCCAACUUGACAAUGUUGUUCGAGAAGUGUUGCAGUCUACCCCGUCUGCAGGAUUAAGGCUUGUUCAAGGAUCACUUAGACAGCAAAGCCUUGUUGUUCAAAGAUUAAGGGUACUUCAAUCGUUAAGGAGAGUAGAUCCAGUCGCUUCUACUUUACGAAAUGCAAGGCAAAUAAUCCGAAGAAAGUAUAACGUCAAAGCUCCAAAUUCAUUGUGGCAAGUAUAAUUUCUUUAUUUAUACUUUUACUGUAAUAGUUGGUUAGAGCUUUUGUUUGGGAUUGCGAAUAUAUAUGGUUCCACCCCCCCCCCCUUAAAACGCAUUAUUGAUUGGUCGACCACCAAAUAGCAUGAUUCAGCCAAUAGCGUACGACCUUUCGAACAGUGCGUUCUAACAGACAGUAGGACGCUGUACUUAGUGAUGGUUCACCAUGUUGCAAUUAUAAGUAAGCAAUUACUAUUGUCAUAAAAGAAACUGUUUUAUGUUAAAUGUGGGUACCCCAAAACUUUGUUACACACUCAAGCAACAGCAAAGUUUUGAUACAGUGUCUGCACAAGAACUUAAGCUAAAAAUGUUGGAUUUUUUAUUCUAGGCACAUAGAUGGAAACCACAAACUAAUUCAACCAUACAGAAUAGUUAUCCAUGGAGGUAUUGAUGGCUAUUCACGUUUAGUUGUGUUCUUGCAAGCAUCGACCAACAACGCCGCUGCGACUGUGUUGAAUCUAUUUCAUUCAGCAGUUGAGAGGUACAACCUACCAUCUCGGGUUCGUUCCGAUCUUGGUUUGGAAAACAUUGAAGUGGGAAGAUAUAUGCUUGAGCAAAGGGGGAUUAAUCGUGGAAGUAUCAUUACAGGCACAUCUGUCCAUAACCAACGCAUUGAGCGACUUUGGCGUGACGUCAAUAGAGUUAUUGUUUCUCGGUUUCUGAAUAUUUUUUUAUACCUCGAGGGGAAUAAUAUGCUAGAUCCAUCCAAUGAAAUGCACUUGUUUGUCCUUCAAUUUGUGUAUCUAGACUUAAUUAACAAUGCAUUGGAUCAAUUUUGUUCACAGUGGAACAAUCAUCCAGUGUCAACUGAAUGCAAUUUUUCACCACAGCAGUUGUGGAUCAGGGGUAUGAUAACUCAGAGCAGUUCAUCAUCUACCGCAGUACAAGCUACCGCAGUGCAUCCUUCAAUUUUAGGCAUUGAUGAAGAUGGUCCUGUCCCAGAACAACAACAAAACUACCAAGUUGUGGUUCCUCAGUAUUCAGUUAACAUUACAGAUGAGCAAUUACAUCUUAUUAGAAGAGAAAUUCAGGCAGUGAGCGACAAUAAUGGAAUCACACAAUAUAUUACAGCUCUUAACAUAGUAAGCUCUAUUCUUUAA